AGUGUUACCCCCGCCCCUGUCGGCCCCCGCGGUCCCACGGCGCCAGGUCGCCCCCAGCCCCCUCCCUCCUCCCGCCCACUUUCUGUCUCACCCUCCCUAGCUUUGUGCCGGGGGCGCGGAGCUGCUUCCCCCCUCAGCCGCGCCGCGGGAGGAGGGAGCCGCCACCGAGGAGCUGCUGCUGGCUGCCCCAGGCAGGGGCACAGUCGCAACCAAGGCAAUGUCUUACUGCCUCAACUCAGAAAACCACCUGGAUCCAGGGCCCAUCUAUGUGCGAGAAAAUGGGCAGCUGCACAUGGUCAAUCUGGCCUUAGAUGGUGUCAGGAGUAGCCUGCAGAGGCCAAAGCCUUUCAGACUGUUUCCCAAAGGCUUUUCUGUGGAGCUUUGCAUGAACAGGGAAGAUGAUACUGCACAGAAGGAGAAGACUGAUCAUUUCAUCUUCACAUACACCCGGGAGGGGAACCUUCGGUACUCUGCCAAAUCCCUCUUCAGCCUCGUCCUGGGCUUCAUCUCUGACAACGUCGAUCACAUUGAUUCCCUUAUUGGCUUUCCUGAGCAGAUUGCCGAAAAGCUGUUCUCUGCUGCUGAAGCCAGGCAGAAGUUCACAGAGCCAGGUGCAGGGCUGAGGGCUUUACAGAAAUUUACUGAAGCCUACGGAAGUCUGGUGCUUUGCUCCUUGUGUUUGCGAAACAGAUACCUGGUGAUUUCAGAAAAACUUGAGGAGAUUAAGUCUUUCCGGGAGCUGACCUGUCUGGAUCUUUCCUGUUGCAAGCUUGGAGAUGAGCAUGAGCUUCUGGAACAUCUCACCAAUGAGGCCCUGUCUAGUGUAACUCAGCUCCACCUGAAGGAUAAUUGUUUAUCUGAUGCCGGGGUGCGGAAAAUGACAGCACCAGUUCGAGUGAUGAAAAGAGGCCUUGAAAAUCUAACGUUAUUAGACUUAUCUUGUAACCCUGAGAUCACAGAUGCAGGAAUUGGGUACCUCUUUUCUUUUAGAAAACUAAACUGCUUAGAUAUCUCUGGGACGGGACUCAAGGACAUCAAAGCUGUCAAACACAAGCUUCAGACCCACAUAGGCCUUGUUCACUCCAAAGUGCCUUUGAAGGAAUUUGAUCAUAGUAACUGCAAGACAGAAGGCUGGGCUGACCAGAUUGUUCUGCAGUGGGAGCGUGUGACUUCGGAAGCUGUGAAGCCACGAGAAACCUCGGAGCCUCAAACAGCAGCUCAGCACUUCUAUGGGAAACGGGCUCGUACAGAAGCCCCAGUGACGUGUCCCCUGGCAGACACCCAUGUGAACUCUUCUGAGAAACUCCAGUUCUAUAAAGAGAAAGCCCCAGACUGCCAUGGGCCAUUGUUGAAACGUGAAGCCAUCUCAAGCCAGGAGUCAAAGAAGAGCAAGAAGAGAGCUUUUGAGGAGCCAGAGAAGGAACAGAGCAACUCUUCACAGUCUUCAAAGCAGAAAUAUGUAUGUCUAGCUGUUGAAGACUGGGACUUACUAAAUUCCUAUUGAUGGGCAGAUAUAAAUUGAUCUUUUCCCCCCAACUCUAACGUAUGAGGAAAGGGGGCUGAUGAUGUUUUCCUUUUUGUUUGAAUUUACCUAUGGCAUUAGCAUAGCAAGUGGAUAUUUCUACUUUUGUGGUGGGGGAGGGGAAUGCUAUGGAAGUAUGUAAUAAUUUCUAAUGUAUAUUUUCAAUACAUAGUAAUUUUUUCAAAUAAACGUUUUUUGCUGUC